GGGGCGGGGCAGGGCGGGCGGUGCACCGGGUGCCGGGGGCGCGGCCCCUCCCCUCCCUCCCUCCGCCCGGCUGCCGGUGGGGGCGGGGACGCGCCGCAUGCCAGCGACGCCACCGGCGCCCUCCGCGGCCGGAGCAGGGGCCGGGAGCUGGGGAGGGGGACGCCGGUCCGGACCGGGCCCUUUGUCUGAAGCGGCUGGUGGGGUGUCUCGGCGGCGGCACCACCGUGAGGCGAGGAGAGGCGGCGCCGGGAGCCCCCACCCCCGGCCCAGCCUGGCCCCGGCUCAUCAUGUGACGCGGGACAUCAGCGCCUUUGAGAACAGAAUGUUAAUGCUUGAUGGGAUGCCGGCAGUCAGAGUCAAAACAGAGCUGCUGGAAUCCGAGCAGGGGUCUCCAAACGUCCACAAUUACCCAGAUAUGGAAGCUGUACCCUUGUUACUAAACAACAUGAAGGGAGACCCCACGGAGGAUUCAUUAUCUACAGACCAUUUCCAAACACAGACUGAACCAGUGGACUUGUCAAUAAACAAAGCCAGGUCGUCCCCUACAGCAGCUUCAUCUUCACCAGUUUCCUUGACAGCAUCAGCCUCCUCCCCUUCUUCCACUUCUACUUCUUCUUCUUCUUCUAGUCGACCAGCUUCAUCACCCACAGUAAUAACGUCGGUAUCCUCAGCAGCAUCUGUACCGUCAGUAUUAACUCCAGGUCCUCUUGUGGCUUCUGCAUCUGGUGUUGGAGGCCAGCAGUUUUUGCACAUUAUCCAUCCAGUACCACCUUCCAGCCCCAUGAACUUGCAGUCCAACAAAAUGAGUCACGUGCACCGUAUCCCCGUGGUUGUACAGUCUGUACCUGUUGUCUAUACAGCUGUAAGAUCACCUGGGAAUAUGAACAACACUAUAGUAGUACCACUGUUAGAGGAUGGGAGAAGCCACGUCAAAGCACAAAUGGACCCCCGAGGCCUAUCUCCCAGACAAAUUAAAAGUGACAGUGAUGAUGACGACCUGCCAAAUGUGACCUUAGAUAGCGUUAAUGAAACUGGAUCUACAGCGCUCUCCAUAGCCAGAGCAGUACAAGAAGAGAGCAUGUGGGGCUGUGCCAGGUCAGCUGUUAACCCUUUUCGUUUUUUCAACUCCAGUUCAAUUUCACCGUUCAGUAUUGAGAGCACAAGGCGUCAGAGGAGGUCUGAGUCUCCAGACUCCAGGAAGCGGCGCAUCCAUCGGUGUGACUUUGAGGGAUGCAACAAAGUAUACACAAAAAGUUCCCACCUGAAGGCUCACCGGAGGACGCACACAGGAGAAAAACCCUACAAGUGUACCUGGGAAGGCUGCACCUGGAAGUUUGCUCGCUCCGACGAACUGACGAGGCAUUACCGCAAGCACACAGGAGUGAAGCCAUUCAAGUGUGCAGACUGUGACCGCAGCUUUUCCCGCUCAGAUCACUUGGCGCUCCACCGCCGUAGGCACAUGCUGGUUUGAGAAACGCUACCUGUUCCAGCCGAGUUUAAGAGCUGGGUCUCUUAACUACCGGGAGUGCAUUCAGCAGGGCUGAAUCCCCCUCUACAGUGUUAACAGGCAGGGCUUCCCCUGAUGUCCGUAACAUAACAUAUUAAAAAAAGGCAGGAAAAGAAGUGCCACUCUUCUCCUCACCAUCUGAAGUUAACCCCGCCUGCCCCUCAGCAUGGCUACCCCCUGAAAGUGUCAUCACAAUCACCUGGGAAAUAGCAGCCAAAAUGCUAUGGGAAUGGGCAUUAUUUUACAUGCUGCAUCCUUUGACAAAAAGGUGUUUAUACCUUGUAUGGUUUCUCAGCUGUCAGACAUUCUGUUCCUGAAAUAUCACUGCUGAUUGGAGGAUUAGACACCGCAAAUUGAUGAUGAUUAUGAAGAUGAAAGCAAGACCGCUAGACCUUUAUUAUCCCAUCUUUUCCCCUUAUUUUGAAUACCAUCUGGCUGGUGGUCAACAUUACACCUGAGCUGUGCUACAGACAAGCUGCAUGUGAGUAGGCAAGAAGAUUCUGUUGGAGAGGUCCCGCUGUCAGGGCUGAAGGGUCGCUUGAGCAGACUUUUACAAUAAUGAUGAUGGCAUUUCAGUAUUGUACCGCAAUUGUCAUUAUGCCCUAGAGGACACCAGCCAUUUAACCUUUUUCUGUUAUCUUUUUAUUUUCCUUUCUUUUGUUUUGUUGUUGUUGAAGUCUGUAAAAUAAACAAGGGGCAUCAGCAUCUCUGCUGAAAGUACAAUAUUAAGUAUCUAUAUUUUACCAUGGACUUAUUUAGAACUGUUUCUGAUUUGUGUAGAAAGAGCACAUCUAAAAACUACUACCCCAUUCUCAACAUGCAGUUAUCUUUCAUGCAGGCAUUCUCUUCCCCAAGACCAUUAUUUGAACACAAGGAAAUAGUCAGAUCUUGCACUCACUGGUAACAAGGUUAGUGGUGUAGCCAUUCAUGAAAUGGAAUUGAAUGUACCAACAGAACAAAACAGAGAAGAAACGGCUGCAUCUCUUGCAGAGAAAAAGCAAUAAUGGGUAAAAUAGCUCUCAAGAUAAUAAUUUACUCCACACCAACAGAAACAGGGAGUAUGCAGAAAUAGCACAUAAGCUCGUUUAAGUUAAUCUUUCUGAUGGUUUCACUGACCUGCUAGGUACCACAAUUAAGUACAUUCAUUUCCUUCAACAUAAUAUUUGUGUCUGGAAAGCAAGAAAGAUAAAGGAAAGAGCUGAUUAUUCAGGACUCAGAGGAUGAACCAUAAGUAGGAAGGAGAAAUGUUUCUGCAGUGGUGCUCUGCAAGACAUUAGGUUUCUCACUGGGAGUUAGGGAAUAACAAGGUUUUGCCAGCUGUCUGGUAUGAUAUAAAUGGUCCUUUAUAUGGGCACCAGUGGCUGCCUCUGCUGGGAUUUUCAAUCCAAGCCUUUUCAGAUUAAAUAAAAGGAAAUUCUUGAUCAUUCCCAUACAGCCCUAUAAUUGCGAACCAAUUUGUAUUAAUUGAAUUGUGUAGCAAAGACAGUAACUCUUAGUCAUCAGUUGUUCAUACAAACAAAAUACUGUUUCUGUGGUUUUUUUCCUCGCAAGGAUCUGCCUAUUCAGCUGAAUUUGACAAAGAGGAGGCUUGGCAAGAUUUUUUAAGUGUUGAGAUUUUUAUAGCUUAGAGCUGAAAGAUGUAUACAUAAAGGUCUUUUGCAAUGCAUUUAAUUAUGAAUAUUUGGUUCCAGGAAUUGCACAGAUUAAACUUGUGAUGCUACUUGUUCAUUUUUAAAUGUUUGACCAGUCUUAAUUAAUUUCUGGUUCCUGAAGUACCUGUAGUAAUGUUGGGGUAAUUCUGGAAUUGAGGUAAUCUGUAAGCGCAGAGUACCCAUGCAGGUACUGAAAGCAAUUGUAGUUAAUUGAGGAUUAAUAUGACUGGGAUAAUACUUUAUAACAGCAUUCACAGGACUCAGAGUUUGAUUGUCUUUAAGUACAUUCUUAAUAUUCCCCAGUACUGGGUAGAUUAUCAGCUCUCUGAAAGAACUCCAAUACUGUUCUAGCUCAGGCUCCCUGCCUGCCGAGUGGUCAGCAGAGAAACCCAAGACAAGCUACUCAGAGCCAUUGUGGGAAAAAAAGUGUCUAUCAAUUCCCAUUGACUGGGUUGGUAAUCAAAUUCCAUCAGAUUCGGCAACACUUUAGUAUCUGGCUCCAAAUCAGGAGCAAAGUAGAGGCCCUAAGUGUCCAUGCAAAGCGUGAAAAGGCUGUGUUGGACCAGGGGUUCUGGAUAGGCCAUGAAGCAUUGUGGGGCUGCAGACCUGGGUCUUUACCAGCAGCAUUACUAUUGCUGGUUUAAAAAAAUAGCUGUCAGUGUUGUGCGUGAGAUGGUUCAUGGAUUACGUCUGAGGUCUGUGUUUUAUGUACAUUUAUAUUGUCCCCUUAAAUGGAUCUGUCAUUCUCACCGUUUAGGGAAAGAAGUCAGGUCAGGUAAAAGUCACUUGAUAAAACUAUUUUCCUGCCCACGAACAUUUUACCAACUAAUGACUUGAAUAGCAGUAAUUCAGUAGAAGAACUAAUGGCAUACAGAAUUCCUUUCAGAAUCUAUGAUUUAUUUUCUCACAUAGAAAAUUAAGUUGAUUUGACCAGAAACUCAUACAGCCAUUCUGUUAGCAUACAAGCAGAGCUGUGAGAGAGACCAUCUCUGAUGUUAUUCACAAAGGGAGGAUUCACAACUGGGAGAGACCAGUCUCCUCUUUAGGUUUCCCCUGUAGUCAAUAAAGAGAGGAAAAACUCUGAGAGAAAUUUUGAGGCCUUAAAUUUAUUUCAGCAUUUGGCUCCCAACUGCUACAAGGAGAAGCAUAUGUAUCACAGACACUGGGGAGGCUCCUUUCCCAUGGCUGAGGUUGGUGUGUGUGAAUCCCUUGUCUUUCAGCUGGUUGUCCAUUACUUUAUGCAUAGGAAGCACUGCAACAGAAAGAGGGUCUGGUCUUAUUCAAGGAACGCCAAAGGGAUGCAGGAUUAAAGCAGCGCUGGCAUCAAGGGACACAAAGUGCAUCAGUGGUAAUAGAAUGAAGCCAAAAGGUAAAGUAGUGUACACUAAAUUUUCUUUCUUUCACAGGCAGGAAGUAUAUCCUCAACCUUUCAAGCACACAUGUAAGGGCUUUUUGUGCUGCUCUGUUACUUCUAGACAACUUACACAACCAGCAGUAGUUCACAACUAGGUUACAAGUACCCAGUAUGGUUCUUAGUGAGUUUCUCAUUCAUACCAGCACCCACAGGCGUUGAGCCCAAAUACUCUGCAAGGUUGUAUUCUGGCUUGUUUUCCCCUUCAGUAGUAUUUUGAGAGAAGCUUGCUCUGUAGGAGAGGAGUGUUUGGAUGUGGAUCUGAUAUCCUGCAGAUUCUCAGGGUGUCCUUCUCUCAGUGGCUGUGAUUCAGACCUGCCAAACUUCUGUGCUUGUGCAAAGAGCAAGGGCAAUUGCUCAAGGGUAGUUUCCUCAGAAAUCCUGGUACCUCACUGCAGGUCCAUGGCAUUUCAUAACUGUGGUGAAGGCUUACAUCAUAUGUAGGAUGCAGAAAUACCAGAUUUCAUCUUGACGCAACAGUAGGUCCGUCUUAACUGAGCAUUUGGGAGAGACAAAUACAGAGAGUCCCGUUCUUUCAGAAAGACAGACAUUUACGCUUUUGAGUGUAAGGAUAGGAAACAUCCACCAUGCCCAUUGCAGCUUAAAAGAGAAACUAUGCCACAAAGUGUCAGAUUUUGUAUGUUUUCAAAAUGCCUAUUUUCAACUGGCACAGGUUGCCCAGAGAAGCUGUGUCUGUUGUAUCCCUGGCAAUGUUCAAGGCCAGGUUGGAUGUGGCUUUGAGCAACCUGCUCUAGUGGAAGGUGUCCCUGCCCAUAACAGGGGGUUGGAACUAAAUGAUCCGCAAGAUCACUUCCAACCCAAACCAUAUGAUAAUUCAAUGAUCUGUGAGGAAAUCUCAGAAGCCAUCAUUCUAGGAAAAUGUAAGGAACAAGCAGUUUUUGAAUUUUAAGUUGUCAUCAUUUUUUGAGCACCUGUUUUAUUCAGCACUGUAAAAUUGGCUCAUAGCAACAGCAGUUUAUACAUGAAGAUGAAGAUGCAGUAUUCCUUAUUCUGUGUCAUGCUUACACAGUUAAUUAAAUAGAUUUAGACUGCUUAUGUAUAUGAUUAUUUGCUGGAGUAAUGUAUAAUAAUUAACAGUGUUGAAAAUUUCAUAAGUUGCAUUGGUGUUUGGGGUAAACUCACAGUGCAGAGCAUGGACAAAUAGCUGGACAACCUUUCUCCCCUUUAAUAAUUGGAAUGACAGUGAUCAUAAGUCUCAUUUUCCAUUAGCCACAUUGAAAAUGUAUUCUAGUUGCCAUUUAUAAAUUUAUCUUCUGAUAAUAAAUGCUGUUUAAUGGAAAAAA